AUGAAGUCAGGACAACUGUAAUAUCCAUACAGAAUCAUAAUGAAAACAAUGACUUGGGGACGAGACUCACAUAACUUAUUCGACUACGAGUCACGAAAUUGCUUCAAAAAGCAACUGCAAACUUCAAGUUCGUGCCAAAUCGCCCGUGCGGAAACUGAUGUAAAUUUACUGUCUCUCCCAGCAGAAUCACGAAGACUUGGCCCAAACUCAAAUAUUCUUGCUACAGUUUCGCAAGAAAACGGCAACUUUUAUAUAUCCUUAUUUAAUUUUAAUAAUAAAUUUCUAAUAAAGCCAAAUUUUAAAUAAAAUUCAUCAAAAAUAUUAUAAAUUCCGAAGACGAGCCCCUCUGGCAAAUUGUGAGAUCUUUGAAAACACAAGACGGACCAGGCCAUGUCCUAAAAAAAGACGAUGUAAUUAAAUUGGGGAGAGCUUGCUAUAAAAUCAAAGAACUUAAUUUUGGCCAAGACGACUCUUCGAGCGAGCAAACACAAGAAAGCGAAGAAGAAUCAAUGAAUGAAGUCCCAGAAGAGCACGAAAGCGGUGUCUGCAGGAUUUGCUUCUGCGAGAGCGAGCCUGAAAAUCCUUUGAUUGCUCCUUGCAAUUGUACAGGGUCAGUAAAGCAUAUCCAUCUUCAGUGCUUACAAAAAUGGCUUUCUUAUCAUAUGUCCACUAACUUUUUAAUUAUUUUUGCAUUUUUUAAUUAAUUUUAAAUCAAAAAAAAAAUUAGAAUUAAUUAUGAGGGAUUAAGCAGAGUGAUAAUUCUGCUGUUUAUCACUGGAAAACUAUUGAAUGCGAGCUUUGCAAAGGCACUUUUCCAUUUAGUUUGGGUAUAAAGGGCAAAGACCAUAACUUAUUCCAAGUCGAAAAAUCCGGGAUGCCUUAUAUAGUUCUUGAGGCUUCAGGUCAGGGCAAAGGUAACGCAAAGGGAGCACACGUCAUAACUUUUUCCAACAAUUCCACAGUAAAAUUGGGAAGAGGACAUGAAAGUGACGUCAGAAUUUCUGAUAUCUCGGUUUCAAGGUGUCAUGCUAUUAUAAGAUUUGAAAAUAACCAAUUCAUCUUAUUCUAUCCAUUCUUGAUCGAGCAGCCCGCUGCUGCUUGGUUAAGGUUAAGAAUUUUCGUAAAAACGGGCUUGCAAAUAAUGUUAGCGCCGCUUAAUUAAUUUUCCUUUUAUGCGCUAGCAAUAAAAAAUAGAGCAUGAAUAUAUUAAAAAUACGCUAGAUCCCAUUAGAAUUGCUCAAAAGCAAUUAUACUAUAAUAUCUCUAAUAUUCGUUAUAAUAAAAUAUAGAUAUUUAGAUUUAAAGAAGGAGGGUUUCAUACUUGGCCUUAUAAAAAUUGUUCGGUCAAGGAGGUAGAGGGAGCUAGAAGACAAUAAUUCCAAAUUUGGCACAUUAUUGCAAGUGGCCAAGCCAAUAGGGAUGACACUUAAUUCAACAAUUGCAUUGCAAUGUGGAAGAACUGUGCUGGCUUUAUCUUUAAAGGCUGUGAACUCAAAUUUGGGUUCACUAAGUCCUUAUGAUACAUCGAUAGAUGAAGCUGAAAAUUAUGUUCCGUACAAAAGAAGUUUAUAG